AUGGGAUCUGAAAUCGCCAACCCCAUCCCCGCAUCCAAAUGGGCCGACACAGAAAAGAUCGCACUCCUCGUCUCCGUUAUCAAAACCUUCGGCAGCAAAGUUAAAUGGGCCGAUGUCUCCGUUCCUGCUGGUCGCACCGCCCAAUCCUCAGCUAAGAUGUACAGCGAGAUGAUGAAAGCCUCCGCUGCCAUCACCAUGACUGGAGGCGCUGACAUCCUUCCAAGCAAGAAGCGUGGACGCAAGAACGGUGGUGAUGGAUCUACGACCCCUACUGAGAAGAAAAAGCGUGUUCGCAAGCCCAAGAACGUCGCUCGCGCUGCUGCUCCCAGCCCCAAUGAGAGCGAUGAGGAGGAGGACCGUCCGAGCAAGAAGGUCAAGGUCGAGGCUAAAGAGGAGGACGAGGAAGAAGAAGGUAUGAAUGGAGAGACUGAGGACCAGGAGGAUGGUGCAUCUGCUUAA